UUGUAAUAAAGAAACUAAGCAAAAUAUUUACUUGCUAAGGAUUUUCUAGUAGAAAAGAUUCAAAUGUUUAGUCUCUUUAAGGAUAUAAGUUGUUUUUACUGAUUUUGUAUAUUUUAUUUUAGGAUAAUCGAUAGAUCACAUUUGAAUUGGUUUAUUGAAAAAAAAUGCUCUAGACGAGAAUUCCACCUUCUCUCUUUCUUGCUUAAUCUUAAAGAUAUUACUUAAUUGUAUAUAUAGCUAUAAACAAUGGUUACAAAAUGCUUUGAAUCAAAAGGAUACUUAAAAUUCAUAUUGGUAUUCGUAAUCCCUUUUACGAUCAUUUUCCAUUUUUCGGCCUUAUAUGCAGCCGAAUGGCAUAUAGAAAAGUCUGUUGAAAAAUCGAGUGUAGGCACUACAGGAGGAACAACUCGUGUAAUUUCUUAUGGACUCUUUAGAAAGUGUCAAAGUUCAAAAUGUGAAAGUAUUUUAAUAGUUCCAGGUUCGAUAAGAUUUGUUCAAAUUCUGAUGAUUUUUAGCAUCGUUUUGCUAUUUCUCGGCCUAUUUAUUUGUUUUAUAAACUUUUUUCUACGUUUAUAUCCUUCUCAUAAGAUUCUAAACAUUGUGGUUGUGAUGUUUGGUAUAGCAUCACCUCUUACGCUAACUGCUUGGAUUGUUUACUUAUGUACUGUGGAGGCAUAUGAAGAAAAUGCUCAGAUUUAUAUGGGCAAUUGUCAUAGAUUGGCAAUUACUUCUUCCAUUUUAUCAAUGUUAAAUACAAUUCUUAUUUCUAUUGGUAUUAAGUAUCAAAAGAAGAAAAUUUCACCUGCAAACUCUGAAUCUACAUCUAAUUCAACUGUUAGCUUGCCAACUAUUAAUAGAACUGUUGUUAGACGUGGAAGAAGAAAUUAUUAUAGGCGUCGUGCAACUGUUCAUCAGGAGAUUGAAAUACAAAACAUUCCAAUGCAAGAUUCCAACAAUAAUAUUGUUUCAUCUAAUCGUAAUAGUAGAAGAACUCAUCAUCAAGCAACCUCUGACAGUUCGAUAGACGAUACAAACGGCGAAGUAAUCAUCAGAGCUCCACCUCCAUACGAAAGUCGGCCUCCACCGUAUGAAGUAUACGAGCCACCUCCACCCUAUCAAUAAUACUCGCAAGAUAAGCUAACAAUUCCUAGGAGCAAGAAAGAAAGAUAGAUGGUUGAUCUUUGAAUAAACCUGUUUGCCAAAACUAACCAAUUGUUUCAUAUAUUAAUAAGUAAAUGCUGCAUAUAUACAAUUUUUUCUAUGAUACUGCAUUUAUGAAUAACUGAAAAGAUGGCAGAGCCAAUUUUGUCAUGUAGAAUUACGAAUGAAUGAAAAAUCGCUGUUCACCUUAAAUUUCCAGUUUGUUAGUUGUGUCCAGUUCAAUGAAAAUCCACAUGUAUGUAUAUUAAAACAAUAUACAAUUCAUUGCUUUAUAUAUUCCCAUACAAUUAUAAAUUAAUAAAUACUUUAAUAAAUUAAUAAAUUUGAUAUUAGAUUCA